CAUGUCACAACAGGGUGAUCCUUUCUUUCCUGACCAACCUGAUCCACCAAGCAACACCACCGACCUCCAUGAGUUCUCCUUUGAUGACUUCCUAGCCGAGGAAGAAAUUAUAGGUGACGUCGUCGACGAUGCAACCAAAAUUCUGAAGCGUAGCAUCGAAGCUCUCCAAGAAGUGGCGUAUGAUCCUCGAAGUGGUCCGAGGCAGUAUAUCAAAAGGCCAAGGGAGCAGUAUCAUCGACUUUUGGUAGAUGACUAUUUUUCAGUUAAUCCAUUGUAUCCUGCCAAUAUUUUUCGUCGGAGAUUUCGUAUGUCAAGGCCAUUUCUACGCAUCGUUGAUGAGCUAAGCAAAUGGUCUGAUUAUAUCACUACAAAGGUUGAUGCUCUUCAUCGUCAAGGUCUAACACCAUUGCAGAAAUGUACAGUAGCUAUUCGUCAAUUAGCUAAUGGCAGUACCGCAGAUCAUCUAGAUGAACAUCUAAAGAUUGGUGAAAGUAUUGGAUUAGAGGCAAUGAAGAUGUUUGUCAAAGGUGUUAUUGCAGUUUUUGGUGAAUACUAUUUGAGGUGCCCUACUGUAGAGUGUUUGCUUAAUAUUGGUGAGAGUCGAAGUUUUCCUGGCAUGUUCCAAUGUUUGGGAGCAUUAACUGUAUGCAAUGGUAGUGGAAACGAUAUCCCAAUGUAUGGAAGGGCCAAUUCACUCAUGGUGAUCAAAAAGUCCCAACCAUAAUACUUGAGGCCGUGGCCUCUCAUGAUCUUUGGAUUUGGCAUGCAUUCUUUAGAGUUGCUGGUUCUAAUAAUGAUGCCAAUGUUCUUAACCAAUCAACUCUUUUUAUGAAAGAAUUAAAAGGUCAAGCUCCUCGGGUGCAAUACAUGGUCAAUGGGAAUCAGUACAACAUAGGUUAUUAUCUUGCAGAUGGAAUUUACCCAGAAUGGACUAUAUUUGUGAAGUUGAUAUCAUUGCCCAUCACCGAUAAGGACAAGUUAUUUGCACAACAGCAAGAAUCGAAGAGCAAGCAUUUGGUCUUGCGCCAUCGAUUUUGCAUAUUGAAGAUCGGGGACAUCUUGAGAAAGUUGUGCUAUCUUGCAUCAUACUUCAUAAUACGAUAGCUAAAGAUGAAGAACCAGAAGACAUUGAAGAGAAUCUUGAUUUGAAUGAGCCUUCAAGUACUACGACAGUUGAAGAACUAGAAUUCUUCCUAGAAGAUUAUGUCACAUUUGAAAGAGUGCUAGGGAAGGAUGCUGAUAUUCAAGAUAUUUCAACUCAUAAACAACUUAAG